UCCUCCCUUCCCAUCCCCCCUAAUAAUCAGUUCUUUUAUCCAGACCAACAAACACACCAUAGGAGCUUUGUGGAUUCAAAGGAUUUGCUUUCGCUUCUGAAAGAGCCGCUAUUCUUUGAUGAUUGGGUAGCGGCAAACUUCAAAGCCAUAAAUCUUCCCUCUGACUGGCUGGCGGCCCAGCAAAGUCCUUAUCAAAUUCUUGGAGGUGAUCCUGAAGCGCUCAGAACCGCGCGCGGGGCGAGCGAGCGGGGCGCGUCGAGGGGGCGCGGGCGGGGAGGGAGGGCCCCGCGCGCGGAGCGGGCGCCGGGGAGGCACACUGGGCGGCCGCUCGUCCUCGCCUUCGGAUGUCCAUGCCUCGGUGGCGGCGGCGGCGGCGCCCCACUCGGCAGCCUGCGGCCUGCAAGCUGUAGCCAUGGCCGCUGUGGCCGUCCUCCGGAACGACUCGCUGCAGGCCUUCCUCCAGGACCGCACCCCCAGCGCCUCGCCGGACCUGGGCAAGCACUCGCCCCUGGCGCUGCUGGCCGCCACCUGUAGCCGCAUCGGCCAGCCGGGGGCAGCGGCACCCCCAGACUUCUUGCAGGUGCCCUACGACCCGGCGCUGGGCUCGCCCUCCAGGCUCUUCCACCCGUGGACGGCCGACAUGCCGGCGCACUCUCCCGGCGCGCUACCGCCCCCGCACCCCAGCCUGGGGCUCACGCCUCAGAAAACUCACCUGCAGCCCUCUUUCGGGGCCGCGCACGAGCUGCCGCUCACUCCCCCCGCCGAUCCCUCGUACCCUUACGAAUUCUCGCCGGUGAAGAUGCUGCCGUCGAGCAUGGCGGCCCUGCCCGCCAGCUGCGCGCCCACCUAUGUGCCCUACGCCGCGCAAGCCGCGCUGCCUCCCGGCUACUCCAACCUGCUGCCCCCGCCGCCUCCGCCUCCUCCACCGCCGCCUCCUCCGCCGCCGCCGCCGCCACCCCCUCCCACCUGCCGCCAGCUGUCCCCCACUCCGGCCCCGGACGACCUCCCGUGGUGGAGCAUCCCGCAGGCGGGCGUGGGGGCCUCCGGAGUUCCCGGGGGCGCUUGUGCCGGGGGUCCCCAUGCGCCGCGUUUCCCGGCUUCGGCGGCCGCCGCAGCUGCAGCCGCCGCCGCAGCCCUGCAACGCGGCCUGGUGCUGGGCCCGUCGGACUUCGCGCAGUACCAGAGCCAGAUCGCAGCGCUGCUGCAGACCAAGACCCCCCUGGCGGCCACGGCCAGGAGGUGCCGUCGCUGCCGCUGCCCCAACUGCCAGGCGGCGGGCGGCGCCCCCGAGGCGGAGCCGGGCAAGAAGAAGCAGCACGUGUGCCACGUGCCGGGCUGCGGCAAGGUGUACGGCAAGACGUCGCACCUGAAGGCGCACCUGCGCUGGCACACGGGCGAGCGGCCCUUCGUGUGCAACUGGCUCUUCUGCGGAAAGAGCUUCACGCGCUCGGACGAGCUGCAGCGGCACCUGCGGACUCACACUGGCGAAAAGCGCUUCGCUUGUCCAGAGUGCGGCAAGCGCUUCAUGCGCAGCGAUCACCUUGCCAAGCACGUCAAGACGCACCAAAACAAGAAGCUAAAAGUGGCCGAGGCCGGCGUGAAGCGGGAGAACCCGCGGGAUUUGUGAGCCCUCCUUGGAGCGGGAAGUACUCCGGAGGCCACUCCCGCCUCGGGGCUCCCCUUCCUAGUCCUUUUGCUGGGGCUAGGGGAGGCCUAGGGCCGUCGCCAGGCGGACUUUUGUGCUGCCAGGCUCUGAGCUGGCCUGGCCCUCGGACACAGGGACCAGGACACAGCCGGAAGGAGGCGGCUUUGCAUGGGUCAUAGUUUGGGAGCCCCGCGUUGCACCAUGACAAGCUCAAAUUAAUACCACCGUCUCUCCUGUCCAGCAGUUGGGGAGACUGUCUUUGCGGUCUUGGGGGUGGGGUGGGUGACUGCCCUGGGCUGGUCUUGUAUAUAGGAAACGCUGCGGGAGGAAAACGCAAGGACCUUGGGGGGAGAUUUGCAACCAGUUGUCGGGUUUUCGCUAGGAGGACCGGUUUGGGCUUUGUACAGAUUAUUUAAUAGCUUUGUUAAAGAGUAUAAUAAUUAUAACAUUAAUUAAAACAUACUCCUUUUGUCCUCGGCCCCUGGCGGAGCUAUUCAGCAUGAUAUGUCUCUGUAAAGCGAUCAGCAGUUGCAGCGUGAAAAUAAAUACCUUCCCUCU